AUGAGUCAGACAGCCGUCGAGACCGUUGUGAAGCCUUCAAAGGCCAACAUUGGCAUCUUCACGAACCCCAAGCACGACCUAUGGAUCAGUGACGCAGAGCCAACGGUGGAGAGCGUGCAAAGCGGCGAGGCACUGAAACAGGGAGAGGUGACUAUUGCCGUCAAGAGCACUGGAAUAUGCGGGUCAGACGUUCACUUCUGGCACGCAGGGUGCAUCGGGCCCAUGGUCGUUGAGGGAGACCACAUCCUGGGACACGAAUCAGCAGGACAGAUCAUUGCUGCGCAUCUCUCGGUGACGCAUUUGAAAGUCGGAGACCGAGUCGCCAUAGAACCAAACGUCAUCUGCAACGAAUGCGAGCCGUGUCUGACGGGCCGCUACAACGGCUGCGAGAAGGUCCAGUUCCUGUCAACACCGCCAGUACCCGGUCUGUUGAGGAGAUACGUGAACCACCCAGCCAUCUGGUGCCACAAGAUUGGGGACAUGUCGUACGAGAACGGAUCCAUGCUCGAGCCGCUCAGUGUUGCGCUCGCAGGCAUGCAGAGAUCUGGAAUCAAGCUCGGUGAUCCAGUGUUGGUCUGCGGUGCUGGCCCUAUCGGACUGAUCACCCUGCUCUGCUGUCAAGCUGCAGGCGCUUGCCCGCUGGUCAUCACUGACAUCGACGAGGGGCGACUGAAGUUCGCCAAGGAGCUGUGCCCUUCGGUCAUAACGCACAAGGUCGAGCGGAUGAGCGCCGAGGACUCAGCCAAGGCCAUCGUGUCUUCGUUUGGCGGCAUCGAGCCAGCUGUUGCGAUGGAGUGCACCGGCGUCGAGAGCAGUGUCGCGGCAGCCAUCUGGGCGGUCAAGUUCGGCGGCAAGGUAUUCGUCAUCGGUGUCGGCAGGAACGAGAUCAACUUCCCCUUCAUGCGGUGCAGCACGCGCGAGGUCGACUUGCAGUUCCAGUAUCGAUACUGCAACACAUGGCCCCGAGCAAUCCGGCUGGUCGAGAACGGAGUGGUCGACCUGACGAAGCUCGUCACUCACCGGUUCAAGCUUGAAGACGCCAUCGACGCCUUCAAGACAGCCGCGGACCCGAAGACCGGAGCCAUCAAGGUUCAGAUACAGAGUCUUGACUAG